CGCACACUCGCCGCACCGCCUCCUUCUCCUUCUCUUCCUCUCCUCUCCUCCUUCGCCAAGAGAGAAUACGAAGAGAAAGGAAAGGAAGAGAAAGGAAAGAAACAGGGGAAAGAGAAACAAUAACGGUGGCUGACAGUGAAGUGAUGUGCAGUGAUUUGACGAAGGACUGUGCAAAGUGGUGGCUGUGAGAACGUAACAUUCAAUUCUAGCGAUGAUGGUGGUGAUGAGUGUGCUUUCUGUCUGGCGUCUGUGCUGGAAACUACGAGACAACGCCACGUGACCCUGCUCCGGCGGUGGAUACUGAACACAACGAAAAACACAGCGUUGAAGAUUUAGACAGGAGAGCGUUACUUCUGUUGCUUCUUCUCAGAGUGAAUUGAGGUUCGAAUACAAUAACAUAAGAUAACAUAAGACCCAUAAGAUCAAGAGGCAACAACCGGAGGAAGAAAAAAGAGAGAACAGCAAAAAAUGACAUUCGAACGGGGUGACAUUUAAGGGCAUACAAGUUCGGUGAUACAACUUUAGCGGCGUAUUACAGGACAACGUUACUUCUGCGGCUUUUUACCACUGAACACCUUGAGGACCGAACACAAGAACACACGACCCUCACGAGCAAAGCGUCACGACCCCAACCUUUAGGAGAGACAUACCACGUCGCGGGGGUCCGGUUGGGAGGUGGCGGGUGACAAGAGUGAGCCAUGCCCCUGCUGUGGGGGGGACGGCGGCGGCGAGGGCGGCGGUGGGUAUGAUGGAGGAUGUGCGGGUGGUAGGAGAGGAGGUCCCUGCAGCAUGGGCCAGGUACUACACCGUGUCCUGCAGCAGCCCCAGGUACACUUCCUCUUGUGGCUAGGGCGGCAGUAUCUAGGGGAAGUGUGGGGGAAGAUGGAGAGGAAAACCCACCGCCGCCGGCACCCACACCACCCUCCCCCCUCGCCUCCCCCGCCCACGUUCGCCCCCACGCCCCCGCCCACACCGCCCGAGGGGGAUGAGGUGCAUGUCUACAGCUGCCCCCACCACGGACGAUGCCCCCCAGACGUCUGCUUCCUAUGCGUGGAGGACGAGGUGGAGCUGCGGGUAUCGGAGGACGAGGGGGCGGUGGAGGUGGAGGACGCCUCGACCCAGCCUGCCCCACACCUGCGGCCCCCUAUGUUCAACCCAGAAGACUACGCCCUGGGGUUGACCAAGUACUCCCGCAUGUCCAAUCUGUACGCUACCGAGGUCCCGAGAGAGAGGAAGGGCCGAGGACGGGAGAAGGAGAAGGGCGUGGGCCGAGACCUUCCCCAGGAGAUGUCCCUCAAACAGUUCAGUUCCCUGCCGGAGCUGCUGAGGAAGUUACGUGAGGACCUGAAGAUGUCUUACCUCAGCUUCGUCAAGGAGUUGGUGCGUGACCCCCACGAUGGCGUGAGUCUUCUGCUGGACGUGCUGAAGAUGGUCCAGUUGGCACAGACAGACCUGAACGGGUCAGGUAGCAGCAGGGAGCAGCAGGCUGCCCUUCGCCGAGCCCUGGUGGACGAACACGAGGCGCUGGGCUGCAUCCGCCACUGCCUGCGCUGCCCCGAGGCCGCCCCCCGCCUCGCCCACUACCCACCCGGCCUCUACACCCUCGCCGUGGCCACCAUGAGCAACCUGGCCAGGAGCAGAACCUUGGCGCUGCAGCUCUUGACCAAGGCCUGCAUGACCUCCCCCGAGGGCCACAGGCAGGUAGUGGAGGCGCUGGCAACACUGCGACUUCGUUUCGCUGAGCCUGUCAAGUGCAAGUUUUUGGUAUCCAUGAUGCUGUCCCACCCACACCCCAGCUUCCAGGUGUGGGGACUGAGGUUCGUCAACGCCCUCCUCGCCUCCACCACCAGCCUGAGGGAGCGAGUUUACCUGCAGGAGGAGCUGACGGAGGCUGGCUUCGACCCGACGGCGCUGAAGAAGGUGAUUGAGCGCAGCGGAUCGGACCACCUGCAGCAGCUGGCGGGGGCUGAGCUGGGGCGUUGGGUGGCGGGCUACGUGGACGUGGGCGGCUUCCAGAAGGAGAUCGACGGCCUCCAGAGCUCCAAUUGCAGCCUGCAGGAGGAACUACGGAAGCUGCGGGAGGCCAAUAUGAAACUGCUGGAGGAGAACGUGCUGCUGAAGACGGUGGGCAGCGAGGUGGAGGAGCGCUACGCCGCCCUCAAGCGCCGCCUGGAACACAACGGCAUCCACGCGCCGCCCUCGCCUGUGCCCUCCAUCAGCGACUCCGACCUCUCCUCCCUCAACACCUUCAGGAACGUGGUGUCUCGCCGCAACUCGGACUCGCCCUCCCGCACCGGCGACAAUCGCAGCGCCGUGACGGAGACGGACUCUGUCAUCUUCACGAAGGGCGUCCAGCGCUCGGUGACGCCCGUCAUGGAGCCGUCCUCCCUGCCGCCCACCGACACCGCCAGCACCACCUCCUCCCUCGCCUCAGACCUUACCGUCACCCCCGCCAGGCCUGUCUCCUCCUCCAGCGGGCCGCUGCUCCCCUCCCGCAGCAGACACCAGUCCUCCUCCUCCUCUUCCACCCCUGACCCCCGCCUCGCCUCGCCCCUCAGGAGCGUCGCCGCCUCCCCGGUGAGAGACGAGUCCAGGGCUGAGGGCGCGGCUCUGACCAGCGCCUCGCCCGCGCUGGAGCAGGACAAGCGGCGACCCGCCAGCGGAGACAAGUUCAACGAGGUCAUGCCGCCCACACACAUCGACAUGACCUUCCGCAACGAGAAGAAGUCGUUCUCGCCCGAGGUGGCGCCGCAGCCAGAGCGGAGCAGGUCCCCCUCUGGGCGGCAGUCAUCCAGGGAGGCCAAAAGGUCCUCAAGGUCCAGUAGUCGCCAGCGACAGCCGACGCCACCACAGACUGGCUCAGGCGGGAGGCAGGAUCGAGAGAAGAGGAUGUCCGACAGCUCGACUCAGGUCGAGAGGCGGCCGGCAAGCCAGUCCCCGCCCGCCGCCCACAUGACCCACACCCCCCCGCCGGGACCGGCUUCAGGCUUGCCAGCAGGCGCAGAUAAAAAGUCUUCUCGGCCGCCUCCCUCGGGUGCUGCGAGUCCAUUCUCCUCCUCGACCUCCUCCCUCUCGUCGUCGUCCUCCACCUCCUCCACCACGGGAGGGGAGCGGAAGGACCCGGAAUACAUGAACGUGCCGCGGCGGGACUCACCGAGCGUCAGGAGUCGCGGUGGCGACGAGACGGACCUGGACUACGAGCGGGACGUGGUGGUGUAUGAGGCUAUCACCCUCGGCAACGACCGCAUCUUCAUCGACAAAAGCAACACUCAGGACUCCCGUGGCUCCGGCAGCAGCCACGCCUCGACGGAGACACCGGGCAGCCUGGAGAAGCAGGAGGUGGUGCCCGACGGCCCCAACGUGCGCGAGUCUGUGCGUCACUACGAGAACCUAGUGAUGAUGGGGGAGCAGACGGAGGCGGCGACGGACGUGGGGCGGGGAGGCCAGGAGAAUGGUGCACCCCUGCGGCGGCAGCAGAGUCGGCGUGGAGAGGCGCGGGAGAAGGCCAAAGAAAGCUCCAACGGAGACGUUAGCGAAGGGGAGGUGGAGGCCGUCAUGUCAGGCCUCGAGAACGUGCUGCGCAGCGCCGAGUCUUCCCUCAGCCUGGAGUCACAGGAGACUGUGAAGGAAAACCCGACAGUGAAGGAAGCCUUUGAGGACCGUGCCAGCCCCGAGAACACUCCCGGCGAGGAGUUGGAGAUCGUGCCAACACGCGUGCCACAGCUGCCGGCGAGGGCACGCUCCAGGAACUCCCAGGCUGGCAGCGCCCCCAAUGACCCGGUGUUGUUCCUGGAGCUGGAGACGCCUGCCGAGACCAGCGACACGGAGACCCUUCACCGCAAUAGGCAGCCCGGCAGUCCACACACCAUUGAAACCGAGUCCACACAGUCCUUCGGCUUCGUGGUGCCUGACAAGUCCCUGCGGCGCCGCGAGACCUUCGUGGGACGCGGCAGCAGUGAGCGGGAGUCCAUGGAUGAGAAGCGGAAGGGCGUCAGGCGGUCUGAGAGUUUCCAGACUGGCAACGGCGAGUACAACAGCCACCGCUCGUACUCCCCGCGGCGGCGCGGCUCCGUGGAGAUGCUGGUGCCUCUGGAGGAGCGCGAGGUGCACAUCAGCGGCCGCAUGUUCACCAAGUACACGCCGCACGAGGUGGAGCGACGGAACCGCGUCAACGAACUCAUCACCGCCGAGAUGAACCGACGCAAGAAUCGCAGCAUGGAGGACAGACUCGACCAGUGGUUUGAAGUCCACGGCGGCGAAGGCGACUGGACCCUCAGAUGGAAGUACCCUGAGAUCCAGCCUGACCAGGAGGACAAACCCGUCCGCCAGAGAAGUCGCCGCCGCCAGGAGAGCCGCUCGCCGACGCGCCACGACGACAACCGCCGCGCCUCAAGAAACCGCGGCGGUGACAACAGGUCCUCCUCGCGGCACCUGGACAAGAGUCAGCCCGCGCGGCAGUCCGGCGAGCAGCCCGCGCCUCCCCCCAAGCAAGGCCGCGGCGGCAAAUCCUCCAAGUUCUCAAACACGGAGAUCAGCGCCUUCAACGGCUUCAAGAACCCCGGCGGCUUCAGGGAGAGUGACUACGGACCGAACUUCAUGCUGAACAAGCCGCCGACGCGUAUCCCUCCCGACUUCGCUGACUACGGCGGGCGGGAUUUCCCACCCCCUAGAGGCCGCGGGUCCCGAGAGCGGGGCGUCGGGGCGUGGAGAAAGGGCGAAAUUGACCCCGACAUCCCGACACCCGACUACACGGCCACCCCAGCGAGCACCCUCAACGGCGCCCCGCCAGCUCUUCCCUCCAAGCACAUCCUGGAUAUGCCCUCAGGACUGUACUGACCGCUAGGAUAGGGAAUCACACGCCCUCCCCCCACCGACACACACACACACACACACACACACACACACAACGCAUUCAGUACGCAAAGAAGGACAAUAACACUACAGGUACACGUCACGUUUCGCGCAGGUUAUUCUUGUUUACACGAAGGUCUGCUCCUACGUCAACACGUCACGUUAAAUAAGGCGGUGUACAGGGGGGUUAAGGGGGAGGGGGACAGCGGGGGACAUCAGACACCUUGACGCACACAAUGAACACUGAACAUCUCAAAACAUUAUUCUUUUCCAAUAAACAUAACUUUUCCAUGUAACACAAGAGUCGGAAAGUCACUCCAUGUGCAAUACUCAAGCGACGACGACGAUGACCACGAUGACGUUAUUCUCUGUGUGUAUGCGAGUGUGUACAUAGACGUAGUGAUAGCCUUGAGCCUGUACAUAUAUAUAAAUAGAGUUCGAUUCUGUUGUUGUAUACACAUAGUGGGAGUUUAUACAUAUACGCGUUUAUGCUAUCCAUGUAUCUUACUGUUGACAUGUGGGAGAUGUUUAUGAACCCGGCGACCCAGAGCGACUGAGAACAACCCGUCGACUUCGUGUGGAUGACCCAAGAAUGGAUGAACGGAACAAUCUGAGAAGGAAAGUGGCCGUGUAAUGUAAAUACGGACGAGGUUCAAAUGGAGGCUGAGAAAGAUUUAUGGAUGAAACUGAAGAUUGCAGAGACUGGAUAACUUUUUCAUGAGCUGCGUUGUGAAGGUCGACUGUCCCUCUGCAGACUCCUUGUAUCUUUGUGUAUUCUUAAGUAAAAUAAGUGAUAAAAAGGAAAAUGUUGAAGCGAUACAAGAAAACUUUGAUGCUCGCAAUCAGAACACAAGUGAGAGAAUAAUAUGAGUAUCAGCAACAUGAAAAUAAGAUAAUGUGCGUUCAUCAAUCACUUGGAAAAGACAGAAAGAGAGAAAUCAUAAAAAAAAGAAUAAAGUUAAGUGAGAAAGAGGAAAGAGAAGACGAAAACAGAAGAAAAAGCAAAAGAUGAUAAAUGAUAAGUGAGAAAAUGGCUGUUAAUAGGGACGAGGGUGGGAGACGAGAGGGAGGAGAUAAAUAAAGAAUAUAUAUCUAAAUGUGAUGUUCAUGUUAAAGUAAUCUUAAGAAAAAUCAGCAGUAAGUGUUUCGUGUGUAAAAAUAUGCCGAAGCAACGUUCUCUGCCUUGUAACGAUGAUUCUUUUGGUGUGUGUCAUUUUCCUCAGUACAUUUGUCUUUCUUCGUCUUUCUCGAGCGUCGGCGGAUUGUUCCACGAAGGGCUGAGACGCUGGACUAACUUAUAGGAUUAACCCGAGUCGUCUGGACCAGAAAACAUUAUUGUAUUGGUCGCAGCAGUCUCUUUUUCCCCCUUUCUCUCUCUCUCUCUCUGAAAUCUUACCUUCUUUUCUUAUUUUUUUCUUUUGUUAUUCGUUAAUUAAUUUUUCUUUCAGGAGAGACUGCAGCUAUAACCGAUUCCCCUGUACUUUAUAACAAAAAUAUAACACGUAUUGAA